UCUGUCCACAUGACGUACUUCACGCGCUAGUAAUAAAUAGUGGACACGGUUGACAUUUUGCGAGCAGGUUCGAAGCUGAGGACUGGAAGAUUCGCCAUGAACAUCAUUUUACCCUACGUUAUCCCAAUGUUACUGGGAAGAACGUUCAACAUCACUUCGGACAAAGUCGGCACAGAUAUCUUUCCAGCGGGAUUCCAACCAACUAGUAUAAACAAACAGCGCACAACCAGUUCUCAUAAGAUGGUAGAAACUAGUCGGCAAGCAAGAGAUUUCUUAAAUGUCGGCGGGGAAUUGUCACUGAAAAUAAAGAGCGGAAUGCUCAGUAUUAAGGGAUCUGGAGAAUAUCUGAAAGACGAGCAAUCCAGGUCAAAGAGAAUUGAAGUUCUUACUAAGGUCCACUUUGAAACGGUCACCGAGACCAUCCCAUCGUCACUGCGUCCUGUACGAGGAUGGACACUUAAGGGCCCCCAGUCCCUGGGGUCGCACUACGUAAGAAGUAUAACGUACGGUGGGGAGUUGGUGGCAUCCCUUAUCUUCACUGCUGAAACGACCCAAGAAUACCAGAAAAUCAAAGCUGCUUUAAGUGUAGGGAUCCCGAUUUACGGACCGUUUGGUCUUGACGUCGAAGGUGACUUUGGCAGAACAGUGAAGGAAAUGAAAGACAAAACCACACUCGAUAUCAAAUACUUUGCAAAUGUUCCCGUAGAUAUCGUUCCCACCGACAUGGACUCUUUCGGAAAACUUGUCGAGAGAUUCCCAGACAUGGUAAGAUGGAUUUUUGAGCUAAAGGUAAAGAAGGUUAAUAAUGGAAAAGGAGUGCCUGUUCGUGCCGAACUUGUACCUCUUCACUCGCUCAGUUCGAAAUAUAUAGACUACCUCGUUGACGGGUCUCUACGGAGCGAGCUAGACUCCAUAGAACUGCGAUUUGAUGAUCUCCGCGGGGCCAGUGCAGCUAUGAGAGACUGGUUGUCCCGACUGCCUUCCGUAACUGCCGCGCAAGAGCAAGAGAUAGCUGCAUUUGACAAGAAAGUGAAUGACAUUUUAGAGGUUUUCUAUGAUGUCAUAGCGAAAAUGGAUCUGUCGCAGCAAUCCGGUCGGAGAGCUCAGUUCGAUCCGGCCUAUAAUGCGUAUAACGCAGGCGGGUUUGGCAUUCCCGGAACCUACAUGCGACAAUGGAAUAGCAUCAGAAGUAGAAUUGAAACUGGAAAUGUUAUUGUUGGGAAAUAAAGAGAAGCCAACCUCAGUCCACAUGAUGAGCACACAAAAAAGUGAAUAUUAUCAUUCCAUUGAAAAAAAUUGUAUUUGACAUUCUGUUUUUAGAAGGUUUAUUUUGCCAAUAAAAUGAUGCGUGUCCAUAUUUAAUAUAUUUCUGCCCUCUCUGUUGAAGUGGUCUUUAUUUUAAUUCACGCCUUUCUAAUAUUUUUUCAAUUUUUUUUUGUUUGUUUCUUUUAUUUAUAGCCAUAUUUACAAGUAUGGUCUGAUCAAUAUGUAUGAAUAUGUAUGGACUACUAUAACAUACAUAAAUGUAUGUCGACCUACAUGUAUAUUGUCCCUAACGAAAGUAAACGGAAUGUCAGAAUUGCUUUAAAUUGUAAUACUUACAGUGUAUCUUUCAAUUACUUUAAGAAUUACUUUAAGUGAUCAGUUGAUCUUAAGUUACAUAUCUUUAAUGGCAAACAAAAAUUAACAACGAUCGCCUGAGUAUCAUGUAAUAAGACUUCCCGGAAUGGAUAAGAUCGCUCCGGCUAUUUCAGCAUCAACAUAAUUUUAAAAAAUCACUCCCUAGAGAGUGUGCUUGUGACCAUGACCUUGCCCUUCAAGAGAAGCUACGUUCUUAGCUGAAUAAAUUAACUUUUUAUGUUUAUGUUUUGGUGUUUUAAAAGAAAAUCAUAAUUCAGGUAAACUAUUACUUGUGGUGUGAUGAGAA